UUUGAUUCAUUGGGAAAUGAUAGAAAUCAGCCUUCUUCUUCAUCAUCAUCAGAUGGUAGUGUUAUAGCUCCUUCCUCCCCUUUCUCUCUCUCUCUCUCUCUCUGCACAAGUACACUUGUUUGUUCUCUGCAUAAAUAAAUGACUGAGUGGGUUGGCAGUAGAAAUAUGAGUACUGAACCACCACACAAUUCAGAACCUGAAACUAGCUCCAACUCAUUCUCAUCAUCACCCUCCUCUUCACCAUCCUCACCCGGGUUAACUCAGUCCCUCUCAAACCCACAACAACCCGAAAACAACCCACUACCCGCCAACCAAAAACCCAAAAGAAUCCGAGAAUCCAGCAGCAAACACCCGGUUUAUCGGGGGGUCCGAAUGAGGAACUGGGGAAAAUGGGUCUCCGAAAUCCGCGAGCCGCGCAAGAAAUCGCGCAUUUGGCUCGGAACCUUCCCGACUCCUGAAAUGGCGGCUCGAGCUCACGAUGUCGCCGCUCUCAGCAUCAAGGGCGGCUCGGCUGUUCUCAAUUUCCCUCACCUCGCCGGCUCGCUUCCUCGCCCCGCUUCGCUCUUGCCUCGCGAUGUCCAAGCCGCCGCUGCUAAAGCCGCCGCAAUGGUCAAGUUCGACUCUCCCUCCUCCUCGUCGUCGUCGUCGUCGGUUUCGGUGUUCACGAAUUCGGAUGAACUGAGUCAAAUCGUUGAGUUGCCGAGUCUGGGGACGAAUUAUGACGAGUCGACCGAGUUGAAUAGUAGUGAGACUGUAGAUGGUGGUGCUAUCCUGUUGUUCAAUUCAAGUGCUAAAUUACGAGAUAAGUCAAUCAUUUAA